UCUUACGUACAUUCCUUCGCCUCCAGUGUAGGCCUCCCGGGGCAGAAUUUCCAUCAUCUCCUUGCAAAAGCCUUUCUGGAGAUUGCAUCUAAAAUGGCUGUCAGCUUCACGUUUUGGGAUGACUGUGCGGAACGCCAGGACUUGGAGGCCAUGUGGAAGAUACCAGAAGUGAACUCUGAAUGGUUAAAAGCUGGAGAGUCAAAAGGAAAAAGGGUUCACCUCUCGAGAGAUCCUGAUGGACAGCCAUAUUUGACACAGACUGAAAUGAGGGCUGUAGCUGAGAUUGUUAUUGGGAGACACUUCUCCUCAAAGAUAGAUCCUGCCAUGGUUUGUGCAAUUGCUGAACUGGAAAGUGAUAGGCUCCUCCUGGUUACACGCUCUGAGGGUAAAUCUAAGCAACGUAGAUUUGGGCUCAUGCAACUUAUGCCAAAUGACUCCGAGUGGCUGAUAAGUGAAUUAGGUUAUUCUUCAUAUCUAGCAGAAGGGAAUUCAGAUGUCCUAUACCGACCAUUUAUAAAUGUAUACUUUGGUGCUGCUUAUAUUAAGUGGUUGUCAAAUUUUGAGGAUACAGAAAGAAGUGAAGAGUUUAUAGUAAGGGCAUAUAAAGGUGGUCCUAAGAAGGCAACUCACAAAUCAACUUUGCCCUAUUGGAAACGAUAUCUUGCAGUCAAAGAAAGUUUCCCAUCAAGAAAAUCUGUUGAUGAUAUUCCUUUGCAGAGCAAUGCUCCUGUUGUAUCUCCUGUACCUGCAUCAGAAAAUUCAGGGACAAAUGUUUACACAUAUUGGGACUCUAGAGCUUCUCCUGAAGACAUGGAAGAGAUGUGGAAUCAUCCUGAAUUGCAGAAAGAGUGGACUAAAUCUAAAGAGAAAAGGGGACAAGUGCGCUUUUCUCUGGAUGAAAAGAACAGACCAUAUCUUUCACGGGUGGAAGUGAAGGCAGUAGCGGAUAUAAUUUUAUUCAAAUACUUCAGUACGAAGGGAAUAAAAUCUACAGUACUUUGUGCUAUUUCGGAGGUUGUUAGCAUGCGUUUUUUACAUGGCAUUGGAGGACGCCCAGGAAUAAUGGGGAUUGACUAUUCCACUGCUUUCUGGCUUUACGUGGAGAUGGGCCACAGGGCUUAUAGACUUGAAUCUGUCGAAGAUCUAACCAAGCCAUUCGUGUCCAUGUAUUUUGGCGCUGCCUUUGUAGCAUGGCUAUCCGAAUUCGAAGGGAGGGAGAGAACUCCAGAGUUUGUUGUUCAAGCAUAUCUUGUAGGACCGAAGAAUGUGAACCCUCAAGAUACUGGUCCACUCCGUCUCAAAUAUGAGGAAGCUAUUAGUAAAUACGAAGAAAUUAAGAGAAAUCACGGGAGCUGCACCGUCAUGUAAGCUCAAAAUUGCCUUCCAGAGUAUCAAUUCCGAGGCCUCAUCUCAAGUUUUUCUUUCUUUCCCUUUUGUUUUCUUCUUCGUAUGUCAUUUGUCAUUCGCGAGCAGAGAAGAAAUGAGCUAGAGAAGAAUUUUAGACGGAGUGGGUAUUGCUCAGCUUAGUUGAGUGUGUAUUUCAUCGAAUAAAUUUAUCCUCCAUUAUAUUCAUCAGGUGUAAAGGAUCUUAGCAGAAAGAAUAUUUACACAGCAUUGAGAACAAAAGAGUGACGCACAGCUAAUGACAUGGGAAAAA